UUGCACGACCGGUUAACGCGCUUGUGUCUAAGGGUUCAUCAGGACUUGAUAGUGACCAGAGCGACGGGCAGCGAACUGCAUCCAAAGCCGGGACCGAACGAAAACUUGAGAUUUGGACAUCAAUACUCCGAUCACAUGUCAUUCGCUGAUUGGAACGAAAAAGAGGGAUGGUCGUAUCCGCAGAUUACUCCUUUGAAACAAAUUGCCAUCCAUCCUGGAGCAAAGGUCUUGCACUACGCCAGUGAACUCUUCGAAGGAAUGAAGGCAUACAGGGGUGUGGAUAACAAAAUUCGAUUGUUUCGUCCUGAUAUGAACAUGGCUCGAAUGAGGAGAACAGCUCGUCGAGCGGCUCUGCCUGAUUUCGAUGCGGAAGAGUUGAUCAAAAUCAUCUGCGAGCAAGUAUCACUUGACCAAGACUGGGUUCCGCAUUCGACCACCUCUUCGCUCUACAUCAGGCCUACACUCAUCGGAACUGAUCCUCAAAAAAAAAACUACUUUUUCAGCCCACACUCGGGCUUUUCGUUCUCACAGGACCUGUUGGAGCCUACUAUGCUACCGGUUUCCAACCUGUUCGACUUCUUGCCGAUGCGGCAUUUCCUGGAGGCGUUGGACAAUUACGCCCCAACGAUUUGGGUUGGCAAGGAAGCGGCUGCGAAAAAUUGUCAGCAAGUCCUUUGGCUUUACGGUGAUCAUGAAGAGAUCACUGAAGUUGGCACCAUGAACAUCUUCGUGUACUGGAAGAAUGAGGAAGGAGAAAUGGAACUUAUCACACCUCCACUGGAUAGGGGGGUGAUCCUUCCCGGAGUCACUCGCGAUUCUUUGUUACAACUGGCCAGGGAAUGGGGAGAAUUCAAAGUUUCCGAAAAAACCUUCUCCACGCACGACCUUAAGAGGGCUUUGGAUGAGGGCAGGCUGAAAGAAAUGUUCGGCGCUGGAACAGCUUGUGUCGUAUCUCCGGUUGGACAAAUACUCUACAACAACCGCCAGGUAAGCGGAAUUAGUAGUGAGAGAAAGCUGAGC